AUGAAUGAAAAUGAUGCAUUAAUGAGAUUAGCGAAACUCUGUCUGCAUGCAGAUCCACGUGUGCGCGAUCAGAGAAAGAUAAAGAAAGCACUCGAUAGAAAGCCUUCUUCAAACGAAUUCGUACGCUGCCCUUGCAGAAACAAUGUUGAUGCUUAUGAUCAAAUUUGUUGUGAUAUCUGUCAGUGCUGGUGCCACUGCCGCUGUGUUGGCAAGACUCCAGAUGAUAAAGACUCAUAUGUAUGCCCAUUCUGUGAAGGUUCGGAGACGAUUCAAUAUCUUAAAUCGCAAAACAUCGAUAUCCCUAAGCUUUAUCGCUCGAUCUAUGAUGCACAGCGCCGCCAAAAGACAAACUUAUUCAUAAAUUCCAUGUACAACGUUUCAAAUGUAGUUGAAAACACAGAAAAAGCCCAAAAAUGGCUCAAAACGCUUACUUCAAGAGAUGAUUUGUAUCACAAUAUGGUUAGAGCAGCUGGAACCUGCAUGAAAGGCUCAGCAUCAACUUCAACAACAGUUGAAUUAGCAUCCGAAAGAAAAAGUAUUAACGAGUUAGCAGAUAACUUGUCAGGUUUAAUAAAUGAGCUUAAAAGUGUACAAACUCCAUUAGUUGAUAACAUUGUUGCACAAUGUGUCACAUUUCCAAAAGAAAAGAGAGUUAAAAAGCAUUUUCUCGAUGAUACAACUACUGAUACUUCCGUUGAAUCUGAUCAAUAG